AAACCAUAUGACAUUACUUCCUUUUUAGUUGGAGCAGCCGUGGGGUGAAACACGUUGAAGUUGUUGUCACCGGUUCCUUUGAAAACUCAUAAAAAUGGCUAAUCCUCUGAUGUUCGAUUCAGUCUGGAGAGACAAACAAAAAUUUGAGGAAGCUGAGGCCCAAUAUCAACAGGUGCUUGCUGGGACUGCCGCUAAAGGUGCUCCUGGUGCUAAGGACAAAAAAAGUGGUAAAUCAGGGGGCAGUACUAUCAAAAAUGAAAUAGCUGAAGCCAGACAACAAAUUCAAAAAGUUCUUAACUCUCACAAAGGAAAUUACAUACAGAUCAUAGGAGGAUCUGGAGGAGCCUCAAGUGACAAUAGUCAAGUGAUGAAGAGAGUGGCAUCUCUAGAGAAAGAAAAUAGAGACCUUAAAAAGGUUGUGGAAGAUAUGAAGACUUUGGUGCAAAAACUAGAAAACCGUGUUAGUAAGCUUGAGGGGGGAACUUCAGCUCCUUCUGCACAAGCUCCUGCCCCACCAAAACCUGCUCCUGCAGAGGAUGAUGAUGAUGAUGACGACAUUGAUCUGUUUGGCAGUGAUGAGGAUGAUGAGGAAGUUGAUAGAAUAAGAAAGGAAAGAUUAGCAGCUUAUGAAGCCAAAAAGGCAAAGAAACCAGCACUCAUUGCCAAAUCAAGUUUGAUUCUAGAUGUAAAGCCAUGGGACGAUGAAACAGAUAUGAAGAAAAUGGAAGAAGAAGUCCGCAAGAUCACAGCAGAUGGACUCUUAUGGGGUGCAGCAAAAUUGGUGCCUGUUGGAUAUGGUAUAAAGAAACUACAGAUCAAUUGUGUCAUAGAGGACGAUAAAAUCUCCACAGAUUUUCUGGAGGAUGAAAUCACAGCACUAGAAGAUUACGUACAAAGUAUGGAUAUAGCAGCUUUCAACAAAAUUUAAGAACUGUUUUCUACACAAUAAAUUUUUCCCUCA